GGUAGGUAUAUUUGGAUUGAUAUUUAAAAUGAAACAAGUACGAAGAAAUAGCGCUCGAAGGGCUAGUCGCAGAUUUAACUAUAGAUACGAUUUUCGCGCAAUUAACGAACAGCAGGUUGAAGACAUCACAUUAGAGUUUUUCUACAAACCUCAUACGAUAACUUUACUUCUAGUAAUCGUUGUUUCACUUUUAUACAUCGUUACUACUAGAGAAAAGAACAAUCCCGACAGCAACAUCUGGUUCGGUUUGGUCGCUGUGGUUUUCUUCUUCUCAGUUAUCAGCGUCCUUGCUUUUCCGAACGGGCCAUUCACUCGUCCCCACCCAGUGGUAUGGAGGAUCAUAUUUGGUUUCAGCGUUCUUUACUUCUUAUGUCUUGUGUUCCUAUCUUUCCUUAACAUGAAACAAGUUCGUAACCUGAUGGAGUGGUUGGACCCAGGUAUCAUCCACGCUAAGAGGGAGGUUGAUAUGAUUGAGGAAUACGCAGUGAACUGUUCUGAUAUUUCAAUGUCUCGGAUUUAUUCAUGCCUGGAUAUUUUUGCGUUCGCACACUUUGCUGGGUGGGGGUUGAAAGCAAUGUUGUUACGAAGUUAUACCAUGGCGUGGACGCUUAGUAUCUUAUGGGAGAUGACAGAGUUGUUCUUCAUGCACUUACUCCCUAACUUCCAAGAAUGUUGGUGGGACCAGGUGAUACUUGAUGUUAUAAUAUGCAACGGGGUGGGUAUAUGGGUUGGAAUGAAGGUGUGUGGGUUCUUGGAGAUGAGGGAAUAUAGAUGGGAGUCCAUUAAAGACAUCCACACGACAUCAGGAAAGUUACAGCGAGCCGCGAUGCAAUUCAUGCCCGCAAAGUUAAGCCCUGUGCGUUGGUUGGAUCCAAACUCAAGUAUAAUGAGGGUGGUGGGAGUCUAUAUACUACUAACUACUUUUAUGUUAAGCGAACUGAACACUUUCUUCUUAAAACAUUUCCUGAGAUAUCCAUCGAGUCACUUGUUUUGUUGGGGAAGAAUAUUAUUAAUUGGGAUUAUAUCAGCUCCUUCAUUAAGACAAUAUUACGUUUAUCUCACUGACACUCGAUGCAAGAGAGUUGGAACGCAAACAUGGGUUUAUGUAGCCAUUGUUUGCGUUGAAACAAUCGUUUCAUUAAAGUUUGGUGCCGAAGAAUUCACGCGAACACAAAUACAGAACGUUGUUGGUUGGGUUGUAGUUACUAUGUUGAUGACGUUGUUCUGUCUCUAUCUUAUGGUCAUGUUGACUAGGUGGGGUUAUAAUAAGGAGAUUGAAGUUUACGACGGCCAUUUAUCCGGCCCUGAAUUCCCUGCCAUGAUAUUGAAGCCAUUGUCUAAGUACGGUAGGCCCUCGUGUGGUGAGAGUGACCAUGAUUCGAGUGACGGGGACGAGGACAAUGACAGUAGCGGGGAUUUGAAUAAUUCAAUCACUAGGAGGACUAGAGGGCAAAAUGGAAAUCACGCAAAAAUUCAAUAAUUAUAAAUAAACGAAUGACAUCAUAAUGACCUUUGUGACAUCAUUGUUGCUAAAUAAUCAUCACAAAUUAAAUCUGCUAAAAAUGUCAAACAAAAUCUUUAAAAACGCAAUAAUAAUAUUUGGAGUUUUUUUGCUGGCUGCACAUAAAAAUAGUUCUUAAAUUUAAGCUGUAUUUAGUGAAAAGUACAAACUUUUUUUUAUUUUGUUGUGAAACUGAAAAAGCCCUACUCUGUGCUCUGGUAAUUGUUAGUUACAAAUUAUUUCUUCUUUUUAAAUUUUACAUGUUCGUAUUUUAUUCUGGUCACAUUUUGCUUGCGUUGGUUUUAAAUUUAGUUACCUUGUGUGUGCGGAAAAUGUAUGACCUAAAUUAUUGUGGUUAACUUAUUGUUUUUCCUAAUCGGCCCAAAUUAAUGUGAAUUUUUGUUUUGAAUUGUCAGCAAUUUAUACUAUGGUUUUCAAUUCUCUGAUUUUAUCGCAGUACUAUGGUGUUUUACCUUUGACAAUGACAUUGCAUAUAGGUAUUUUAAAUAAUAAGCCAACUCUGGCUUCAGUCCCUUGCUGUGCCUCACCCAUAUAGAAUAGAAUGUGCAUAUACAAUGUUGGGGUAGUGAGCCAACUCUGGGCUAAAUCCCAGGUCCCAUGGCAUGCCUCACUGUAGAACCUCACCCAUAUAAAACAAAUUGUUUUUUUUUGCUGUCAAUUCAGCAUUUCUGUCAACAAAACAAUAACCCUUAAUUUUUUUGUGUUAAAUGUUGUGAGUUUGUAAUCUUUUCAUGUAAGUUCUGUGUGGUUCGUCGCUCUCUAGUAUUUAACAUUCAAACUUUG